UUUCGAACGUACCUUAGAGGGGCGUAAUAAAACAAUCCGCCAUUUUGUCCCUAUGACAAUUUAGGAUUUUAAUAGUUUGAAACCUGUAUAAAUCUAAUUAAUCUUUACCCAAAAGUGAUAAUCCGGAAACUGUGCAGUGUUUAUAAAAACUGUGAUAUUUGUGUCUCCAGUUAUUUUUGUUUACGUUUCAUCUUGACGUUUUAUAGUUGACCGAUUUUGACGUCGAUUAGAAGAGAGCUCUAGAUAAAUCAAAAUGGGCACAAGAGAGGACGAAUACGAUUAUUUGUUUAAAGUUGUCCUAAUAGGUGAUUCUGGAGUCGGUAAAAGCAGUCUCCUAUCACGUUUCACUAGAAAUGAAUUUAACUUAGAGUCUAAAUCCACAAUUGGUGUGGAAUUUGCAACAAGAAGUAUAGAGGUGGACGGUAAAACCAUAAAAGCCCAGAUAUGGGAUACGGCCGGGCAGGAGCGGUACCGCGCGAUCACGUCGGCGUACUACCGCGGUGCGGUGGGCGCGCUGCUCGUCUACGACAUAGCCAAGCAUCUGUCCUACGAGAACGUCGAGCGAUGGUUGCGCGAACUCCGCGAUCACGCUGAUCAGAAUAUAUUGAUCAUGCUUGUCGGUAACAAGAGCGAUCUUAGGCACCUCAGAUCCAUCCCAACAGAAGAAGCGAAGGCAUUUGCAGAAAGGAACGGUCUUAGUUUUAUUGAAACAUCCGCUCUCGACUCAACUAACGUCGAGCCUGCAUUCCAGAACAUUCUAACUGAAAUCUACAGGAUCGUAUCUCAGAAGCAGAUGCGCGACCCGCCGGAGGGCGACGUGAUCCGGCCCGACGCCGAGCCCACGGACGUGCGGCCCUCGCACACCGACAACGUGCGCAAGCAGUGCUGCCAGUAGUCGCCUCAACUGUUAAUGUCCAGUUUACGUCGUCGGAGCCGGAAAGAGAGAUGCGGCUGAAGAUAGAAAUGCAAUCAUUACGAAUCAUUCCCAGACAAUGGUGUUUACCAACAUAAUAACUAGGUUGCCGGUGCAGAAGUAUACUGCCUCUCACUCAAGAUGAAAUCUUUUACCCAUGAAAUACGCCAUACAUUGUCUAUGGCCUGACAUAUAUUUCAAUCUGGCAACACUAACACAAAACGGUUAAGAGUGGCUCAUGUAGAUAGCUUUGUGUAAUUAUUGAUAUUUAGUGUCUGAACGAAUAAAGUUAAAAAAUAUAUAAUAAUUAUUGUAACGUGAAGAGACGAUUCAAUAUAACACAAUUUAGUAAAGGAACCAUGCUUCUAUAUAGAAAGCACCCGAGUUUAUUAAUUUUGGCGCUAGACACACUAUACCUGUGUAAUUUAUACCUGAAUUUAUCUUUUUUAUUUAGGGGUAAACCAUAUUUUUCGUUAGUAGAUAAUUCAUGUUAUAUGCUAUUUAUUUAGUAAAAUAAAUAAAAUGAUGAAAAGUUACUAAAACCGUUAUAAUUUAUAUAUUUUUUCCAUAGUAUUAGGCGAAAAUUCCUAUGAAAAUGAGCAAUAAUUGGGCGGGUAAACUGAAUUCGCGUAAAGUUCACUGUUUAAUAGCACACAAAUCAUAGCUUCAUAAUUUAAAGUACGUCUAAUUGUUUUGUAAUACACUAGCUGGUAGUUUUUACUAAGUAACGAGAUAGCUUUUUUAAAAAGGGAAUCCUUUUUUCUUUUACGAAUACGUGCCUUCUAUGGAAACGGCGUGACAUGUACAUUUUAUUGAAGCUUUUAUUGUUUAUUUUUGCGUCAUGUUGAAGUUAUUGUUUCGGGCUGGUCGCGGGGCGCGGCCUACCGGUUCACUGUUGGAGAUGGGUGCCCGCACUGCCCGCCACUAGUCUGUAAGCACGCUUGAUGUUCGCUAUCUCAUUGGGAUAUAUUAUUGUUACUAACUGCCCUCGAUUCGCUCUAGGAACACGAUACUCAGUCACUGUGUUCCCGGCCCCGUGCCAUUACUAGUUGGUCAGCGAAUGUCUAAACAUCGGCACUAAAGCCUCUGGCUGUUUAUUUCUCAAGAGAGGAUGCGGUGUUUGUUGUAUCUAAGAAAUAUGUUAUUGUAUUAUGGUCUUCAAUAUGCAUGAUUAUUUUUUUAGUGCCUACCUGUAAUUACUUUAUUAAAGACAAAGAUAAUAAAAUAUAAUGUAAAUUU